AUGCCCCCUUGCUCCCAUGCUACGUCUAGCCCCAAAAAAGUGAAGGCAAAGCGCAAAGUCGUGGAAUCUGAUAUCACAGUGGUCACUGGGCAAGGAAAGAAGGCGCGGGCAGCAGAUAAAGCUGGUUUGGUGUCGCUGCAGCUAACUUCAGAUGUCAAUGCUUCUCCAAUUUGUCGUUCUGGUCACCCUGGUGCAGGUGCAGGUGGAAGGAAUGCUCAACUAGAGAAAGUUGGCGCAGUUCUGGAGGCCCCAACUAUCUCAGACGGUACAGGCUCUGCUGUUGCGAGUUCCCGUCAGAAAGGAAAGAAAGCCAAGACAUCUUCUGCCCCCUACUCACAAGUUGAACCAUAUUCAUUUAUACAUGAGGGUGUCACUCACGAGCCAAGCCAUGCAUUAUUGCAACUGAGUUUGUCAUUGUGCGAAACUGGUGCACGCUUUGGAUUUCAAAUACCUCAAGGCAACCCACCAAUCGUACAGCCUGGAACAGAGCCAGAUCUGCAAGCAAUCAACAAUCCUUAUAUGACAAUGACUAAGAAAGAUGCUGAGAAUCGUGCCCGCAGUGCUGCACAAAGCCUUACUGGUGGUCGCUUACUUUCACAUCCUUUGUCCAGUGCACGAGUCGUUUCGACUUUUUCCGAGGAACAUUUGGACCCAUCUCUACGAACAGCCAGUUAUGAACAUAGGACUAACAUCUCCUCACAACAUCCCAAUUCCAAAGAUUCAGAUAAUUCAAGCUCUGAUGAAAGUAGAGCGAGUGGCAAAGAUAGUGAUGAUUCUGCCGAUAUUGAUAAUUCUGGUGAAAGGGAGUUUGGUUGGGCUGAGGUUGGCAGGCGCCAUAGCGUGCACCCAGUGGUCACCCUGAUCACUUUUCAGGUUUUUCUUCGGGAACCAGAACCUUCCCCGGUCCAUGCUACCUCCAUUCUUACUCCCGACUUUGAAUUUCAAUACUCCCACGAUGAUGAUGACAUGAAUGCCAAGCAAGCAUUAGCUUUCGACAAUCCAUUGAGUAGUGAGAGUGCCUUUGAGGCUGCUCAACAUGUCCCCGGUUCUCACGUGCGGCAUCAGUCUGUCGAUGUAUCUCAAGGUAUUCAGGAAACUGAUGGUUCUCAGUCUGCAGGUGUAGCUGACGAUGUCUUAAGUCAGCAUCACAAGACAAAUGGGCGACCUCAUCUUCCUGACCCUGCUUCCCUAGAACUCUUACACCAUAUGGCCAGGAAAAAGGAUCUGAUGAACAAUGAGGAUCUGGUUGACAUGCAGCAAUCAGCUAAAGGCAGACAUGGGCCAAAACCCACACAGCUGUCAUUCUACCCAGCCCACUGGAAGAAUUUCCUCGAGGAUGCAAAAGGAGCGUGUUGUGCACAGCAUGCACUAGAGAACCUGUUCCCUGCUCUUGUUAAGGACUCGCCAGGUUCUGUUGCUGAGGCCCUUUUAGCUGUUCUUGUCCAGUGGGAUGAAGCCGGUAAACAAUUUGAACCUGGUAAGCUUUGA